AUCUUUGAACUCCCAAACUACAUUGAUCGGAGUCAGCUAACUGCCACCCUGGGAGGGUAUCUAAUCUACUGUCAUCAGAGUUGGGUGACGUUUAUAAAGGAGAUUGAUGCCUUUGUCCAGGACUUCCUCUCUGUCGUGCACAGACUCCCAUCCUGUAUCGCCACCCUACAGUCUCUGUCCAGGCAGACCGUUCCCACCAGCUUAGAGGAACUGAGGGACUUCUGCUCUGUAAAUGAGGCCAGGUUUCUACAGCUGAGAAGGGACUUGGGCCUUGACGAGCUGCUGAGGCACUGCGAGAGGGUGGUGGAGAAGCUGCGGUACCCCGAGAAUGAGCCCUGCUAUCAGGCCAUGGCUGGGACGGCCCUCUUCACCCACACCGCCUACGACAUGCUGCAGAACUACAGCAGGAUAACUGCUGCGGUGGAGAAAGUGGAGUUGCUGUGGCAACAGGCCUUCUCCAGGGCUCACCUCCAGCUGAAAGUGCUUCAGCUGGGGAAGGAAGCACAGCAGAUAAUUGAACAAAUCGACACCACAAGAAAGGAGAAACUGCAGCCGUACAGGAUAGAGAUCGCGAAAGAUGCCAGGAGAGCAGAGAUACUGAAGGUGGAAUUUGAGAGGUCCAUUUACACACCUGCAAUGGCCCUGGUUCGCCGUGCCGAGGAUGUGAUCCACACCCUGGAGGAGACAGUCCCUGACCGGAACACUCAGGGCCGGGAGGAGUGGGUGGAAGAGCUGGAGCGCGUGAAGGAGAACUUCCGCACGGCCGUGGAGCUCCCACACCAAACGCUGCGGGCUGUGUCUGACUUCUACUAUUACUACAACAGAUCCAAGAGUUGGUACAACAUGGUGCUGUGCGAGAACUUUCUCCAGGACCUCCUGUGGGGCGGGACCUGUGAGGGCCCCUACAAACAGCGCUACCUGCAGGACGCCAGGGGUGGCGCCGUCCCCAUGUGGAGGCGGGCUGUCUGCGACUUCCUGAGGAGAAGCCCCUCCCCCGAGAUGGAGGAGCUGGUCCAGCUCGCCCACCUGGCCAACGUCAUACCUGACAGUCAGCUGCAGCACAGCGGGAAGCAGCUGUCUCACAGGUGUAUGAUCCUCAGGAAGCUGCUGACCUCCCCUGGAGCCGUGCCGCUGAACGACCUCCAGCUGGCCCUGCAGUGGCAAUACGAGUUCCUGAGGAGCAGCCAGCAGGACGGCGAGCGUUCUCACCCGGCAGGUCCAGGAGGGCCGGAACGGGCACAGAGCCCUGCGGAGGGCUCGGGGGGGCCACCCAGAGACGGUCGAAGGUGCCCUGGGUACACCUCCGAUAUUCACAGCAGGCAAAGCAGAGGGGCCCUUCCCGGUCUGAAUAAGUGGGACUGUGGGAAGGAGCCUCUUCCAAGCGUGGGGCAGGGGACAGUGGCUCCCUUAGGGAAGCCCCCUUCCCUGAGUUCCUUCGAUUCCGGAUUUGACGGGGCAGGGAGCAGCCAUUUGGAUGCGGGGGCUGGGAGGGAGGGGUGGGAGGUGCUUCCCAAACCGCACUGCACUCGGGAGGCCUUCAGACCCAUCGUCCGGCAGCCGCAGAUCCAUGAGGAGAAUAUCUCCAGCGUGUCCGACUCGGAGGACUGCAGGGAGGAUUUUGAGUUUGGAGCUGUCGGGGGCGGAGCUGGGGCUGGGGGCGGGGGCGGGGCUAGCAUCCAGAUCAUCCCCAAGAUAACGCUGGACUCGGUCAAUUUCGAGAUAAAGGUGAAGCGGUCCGCCACUAUGCCCAAAAACCCCUGGCUCAGCUUGCCGGUGGAGGACCUGGAGAACUCGUACACCGUCACCAUCACGCCAACCCCGCAGACCCCGCUGAGAGACGUGGUCAGGAGCCCAGACCUGUCGGACAGGUCACGAGACCAGCCCACGCAAACUGAGGCUCAGGCCAGCACCCAGACCCUCUCCGACCUGAGCCCGAUCCGCAACGUCCUGUCCAGCACCAUAACGGACGCCAGGGACAAGCCCAACAGCACGAUGGACAGCGUCCCCACCCUUCUCUGGGACACGUACGACUUCCACAACAACAAAGAAGAUACGUGUGAAAGGCUACUUAACUCUUUGACUGAAGUAUCCUUGACUGACUGGGACCUGAAAGAGCAGGAGGGUCUUCGAGAAGUUGAGGAGAUCCUUGACCGAGCAGCAGGAAUACUACAGGAAGAGGAGAAUGUGCUGGCGCAGGAGGAGAUGCUGGACGUCCUGCUGAAGGCGGAGAGCGGCGGCAAACGGUGGGCUUCGUGGGGCGGCGAUGAGCAGCUCAGCACGGUAGGACCUGCCGCGCUCACCCAGCCGACUGCUCCGAGACAAUGA